AUGGCUCAAGAUCUGCUUUAUCGGGGAGGUUUUUGGAUGGAGGGUCGUAUUGACAACUACAACGACAUGAAGGAAAUUAGGAGGAUGCUACAGCAACUUACGGAACGCGUCGCUCGCAUCGAAGCUCGAACCCAGAUAGGUAAGAGUUCUGACGGGGAGAGAUGCGUGAACCCUUAUCUGAACCGAGUAGCUCGCAUCGACACUCUAAGCCGUGGUAGUCUCGACGGGGAGUACGAGGGGGAUAGCCCUUUUCAUUAUUGCGCUUCGCUGUGUGAAUCGAGUGAAGAGGGGCAUGGUUAUUCUCAUUGUGUCUUUGAAGCUGAAGAAGCAAAGAAAGGCUCAAAACUUUUCACAGCUCAAUAUCCCAGCUCAUUUCACCUAGAAUCUCAAACUAUGCAACAUACACAUUUAUGUUUUAUAUUUUCCGAUAAAGAAUUUGUGGACUUGCGAGAUAAAGCCUGGUUCAGAGCGACCAUUGUCACAAGUCCCACAAACUCAGCCUCAAAGAAGAGGAAAAGGGCCUUGGUGGAGUACGAGAGCUUGGUCACCGAAGACGGCUCGCAGCAGCUCAAAGAUGACAACAAUUCCAAGUACAGAGUGGUGUUUGAAAACCCUCCAGAUUUGAUUGAAUUUGAGAGAGAGCGUCUCAGAUUGCAUCAAGAUUGGGAUGCUGGCAAAUGGGUUCGGCCCAAUAAGCAGAACUGUGAUGUUGGCUGUAAUUCUUUACCCCACAACAUUCAUAUAUCUGGUCAGUUUUACAUGGUAAUGGCGGCUGCAGCUACAUCCGGUAACUAUCCAAAAAGUGUUAAGCUUCAUUCUUCCAAGUUUGUCAGGUCCAGAGUUAUAGCUUCGGGUCUUUAUCCCAUGUUUUACAAACCUCCUCAUGCUUUCCGCCUGAAACUCAGUUCUAGCAGCUGUUUCUUCUGCAUACCUCAGCCUCUACUAGUGAACAAUUUCAAGACGAUGACAUGGUCUAUCAGAAGCAGUGUGGAUAGCAGCGGGUUAGACCCAUCUCCAACAAAUGGCACUACUGGCACAACACGUUUAAUUAGGGCUAUCCAAGCUAUUCAAACCAAGUUAGGUGGCAAAAUUCGAGAGCUAAGGAGAGGUUUCCUAUUUAAAGUACUCUUCUUCUUGGUUGGUUUCUACUGUGCAACUGCUUAUGCUACUGUGAUUGGGCAAACAGGCGACUGGGACAUUCUAUCUGCUGCCUUUGCUGUGGUUGUUGUGGAGGGGAUUGGAGCCCUCAUGUACAAGGCUUCUCUUCCUUUACUAAUGAAGACUAGGAGCCUGAUAACCAUGUUUAAUUAUUGGAAGGCUGGGCUUUCCAUGGGUCAUGACCUGACUGCAAUAGUGGGCAUGGGGAGAAGAAAUGGUAGCAUAGGUGGGAUUGCGGCUGCACUGGGAAAGAAGAAGACAGAGGAGGUUGGUGCAACCAUGAAGUUUAAAUCAACUGGAAAAAAGAUGCUUCUAAAGAUGGGAAGAAAGGGAAAAUUCAGUCUAUGCCAUGUUGGCGAGCAUGGACUAGAAACCCAAAUAAGCCCAAGAAACAAUCUCCCUUGA